AUGCCUAGCUCCCUCGAACAGCUCAAGGCCUCCGGCACCACCGUUGUCGCCGACUCCGGUGACUUCGCUACCAUCAAGAAGUACCAGCCCCAGGAUGCGACCACCAACCCCUCGCUCAUCCUCGCCGCGUCUAAGAAGCCCGAGUACGAGAAGCUGAUCGACGCGGCCGUCGCAUACGGCAAGAAGAACGGCACCGACCUUGAGAACCAGGUCGACACCACCCUUGACAACCUGCUGGUACAGUUUGGCAAGGAGAUCCUCCAGAUUGUCCCCGGCAAGGUCUCGACAGAAGUCGAUGCGCGCUUCUCCUUCUCCACCGAGGAGUCAGUAGCCAAGGCCCUGCACAUCAUCGACCUCUACAAGGAGAUCGGUAUCGACAAGGAGCGCGUUCUCAUCAAGCUCGCGUCCACAUGGGAGGGAAUCAAGGCUGCUGAGAUCCUGCAAUCCAAGCACGGAAUCAACUGCAACCUGACCCUCAUGUUCUCCCAGGUCCAGGCCAUCGCGGCUGCCGAGGCCGGUGCUUUCCUCAUCUCUCCCUUCGUCGGCCGUAUUCUUGACUGGUACAAGGCCUCGACCAAGAAGGAGUACUCCAAGGAGGAGGACCCCGGUGUCAAGAGCGUCCAGCAAAUCUUCAACUACUACAAGAAGCACGGCUACAAGACCAUCGUCAUGGGCGCAUCUUUCCGCAGCGUCGGUGAGGUCACCGAGCUCGCUGGUUGCGACUACCUGACCAUUGCUCCCAACCUGCUCGAGGAGCUGUACAACUCACAAGACGACGUUCCCAAGAAGCUCAUCGCCGAAGAUGCCAGCAAGCUUGACAUCGAGAAGAAGACCUACAUCAACAACGAGGCCGAGUUCCGCUUCUACUUCAACGAGGACCAGAUGGCCGUCGAGAAGCUCCGCGAGGGUAUCUCGAAAUUCGCCGCUGACGCCGUUACCCUGAAGGACAUCCUCCGCAAGAAGAUCCAGGCGGCAUAG